AUGUAUAAAAGAAACAAGUCUGAAGAUAAAAAUAAAUUGGACACUGGGUUACAAAGACAUACAGCAAAAUCCAAUCUUUGUUUCUUUUGUUGCAUCCUAGGAGGCUUUUCAAUGGGAGGUGGAAUGGCAAUGCAUUUAGCAUAUAGGUUUCAUCGAGAUCUGGCAGGAGUCUUUGCUUUGUCUAGUUUUCUCAAUAAAGACUCUGCUGUUUACCAGGCUUUGAAAACAAAUGAAAGUGUUCUUCCAGAAUUAUUUCAGUGUCAUGGAACUGCUGAUGAACUAGUUUUCUGCUCAUGGGGUGAAGAGACCAACAAGAUGUUAAAGUCACUGGGAGUAUCAACAUCACUUCAUACUUUUCCAAACCUUAAUCAUGAGUUAAGCAGAAAUGAAAUAGAAAAACUAAAAACCUGGAUUGUAAAGAAAUUACCUGUUGAAGCAGCAAAGACAAACAAAUAAAAGAAGAUGCAGCUUUCAUAUAC